AUGAAACAUGGGUCCAUUACAGCCAUCAUCUGUUGUGUGUUGAUGCACAGUGGUUUGAGCAAUGCAGCAGAUACGCCUCAGCUCAGAUCACCGCAAUGUGUAACCGACUUGACGAGGAUACAGGUCAAUAUGAUGCAUCAUUUCAACGGCAUCUUUGGUGAUUUCAUCACCAAGAAUAGCAAUGAAGCAACAGAAGCCUCCAUGUAUGGCCCCAUUGCAGCAUUCAACAUUACUUCCAAUGGCUACAAUUACAACUCAAAAGCAAAGAUGGACUGUGGAUCCAGCAAUACUAUGCUGCGGCUGGGACUCAUGUCCAAGCAUGCAGACAUCCAAGGCGAUGUCAAUAGCGAUGUAUGGACAGAAAGCGGUAGUAUUGAUACAAGAGGUACAAAAAAUUGUGUUUUUGCUGCGUUGCCUCGUGUGCAGCAUCCCAAUGAAGACUUGGUGCAAUCGCUGUUCUCAUUUGCACCCACCACCAUCAAAAAGACAUCGGCCAAGUUGUCUACCCUGGCACCGGAUACUGCUAUUACCUCUGUUGCCAAUGGCCUGGUAUCGCCUAGCAGAGCUCGUUCCUUUGUUGGAUAUCGUAUCUUAAAGCUGCCUGCUUGUUCUGAUAGAGGGUGUGCAGCCACUAGCAAAGUGGAGACACAGCCCAGUGUGCUUCGAGGCAGCAACACAUGGAUGGGACAGUAUAAGAAUGGCGUUUUACCAGAUGAGAUGAUUGUGUUUAAUGUCCCUGUCUAUGUGGGUGGUACCUUUACCAUUUCCACGCUUGAUGUCAACAAGGGUAUUUCUCCUUGUCAAGCUAUUUUCAACUUUUACGCUGUCGACCAAGCUGGCAUGCCAGUAUCUGAUCCCAAUGCAUUCUUUACACUGAUUCGAUCUCCUGGUGUUACAAUUGCAGGUACUAUUCUUGCUCCUCAAGCUCGCAUCAUUGAUACAUCCACUGGCUAUUUUGGAGGACAACUCAUUACCUUACAGAGCUAUGAAGGACAUGGUGCAGACAUAAAGGAUUUUGAUUCAGUCAGUCAUGAACAAUGUACAUCUCGAUCUCUUUGUUGGCCCAUGGUUAAAGCACCCAGAGUAGUGACAGCAGUAGUGACAGCAACAGCCAGGGAAACCUUUGUCUCAACGAUCAAAACGGAUCGUGCUGCUACUGCUGCGACAAUGGCCGAAAACAGAGCUGCUGUUGUCUUAACACCUGCGCCUGUAGUGGUUACCAAAACAGUGACAAUGAGCUUACCCUCCAACAGUCGUCAAACAAAUGUAUACGAACCAGUCGAGUUUUAUGCUGAUGAGAAUGAGGAAGAAGGUGAGAAAGAGGAGGAGGAAGACAAGCCUAUUGACUGUGGCAAAGAAGAGCAAGAAAUCGAAAUAGAGACUAAACGAGAAAUGAAGAUUAUCCAUGAAACACCCAUGCAUAGACAUGCAAUCACUCAUUACAGUGAAAACGUAUACACCACGACAGUCAUGACAGAAGAGCUUCAAGUAGGCGUCGCUCUUGAUUUUGUAACCAUAUUGGAGCCUAUCACAUUCACAUCAAGCUCUACUGAUGAUAUCCAAAUAGAGUCCAUUUCAUAUAUGGCUAUUGAAACACUUGGCCUUCCUAGUGUUAUGGCAUAUGGUUGUCAAGACGAGGAAGAACGGGAGGAGGAUAAUGAAGAACACCAUCACCACAAAUAUCACAAGCACCACAAAAGAAAUAAGCAUUGGAGCAACAAGGACCAAGGCGGCACAUAA